GGUAUAUAUUUUAUUCCGCAGGUGGAUGGUGGGCCAUUGGUGAGUCCCAGUGUUCUACUUUUUUUUAUUUCUCUUCUCCCCCCCUGCGAUGGAGGCAAGUUUGUCUCCGGAAACUUCGGAAAAGGAGCGAUGUGCGUUGCUGGCGUUGUCGUCAAUGUCGGAGAACCACCACCUCCACCAUCAUCAUCACCACCACCGGAACUCGCUUCAGUUUGACCCACCGGCGCUCGGGAAACUCGAGUCGCAAGACUUCAAGUACCUCAUCACCCACAGACACACGACGAUUGGCCGGAACUCGUCCAAGGGCGUCGUCGACAUCAACAUGGGCCACUCGAGUUUCGUGUCCCGACGUCACCUGGAGAUCUUUUACGAAGACUCGGAAUCCCCGCCCGCGUUUUUCCUCGUGUGCAACGGCAAGAACGGAGUUUUCGUCGACGGCAUGUUUUUGAGGAAAAGCGGGCCGAGGUUCAAGUUGCCGACUGCGUGUUGGCUCCGGUUUCCGAGCACGAGUAUUCGGAUACAGUUUACGUCUCUGGUGGCGACGACGACGACGACGUCGCUGGACUCGUCGACGGACUCUGCGUGUCUCGACGACCUCGGCGGCGGCGGCGUUGUCGGCAUUCAGGCGCCGUAUUUUAGCCCAUUGCAGAUCAGUAUUCCCGGGCCGAAGAUUUGUUCGUCGCCGGCUUCGCCGACGGGCACCAUAAGUGUGCCGAAUUCGUGUCCGGCGUCGCCGAGGAGCGGCGUGAGGAGUUUCGUGCCGGCGAGAGUGUUGUCGUUUUAUACUAGCGGGUCGGCGACGGCGGCUGUUGGUGUGCUCAAUGGCGAAAACGGUGGCGGUGGCGGAUCCGUUUCCUCGCUGGCGCCGCAAGCGACGAAUGGACAGUCGGUGUCCACCCCGCUUACAAGUCCCAAGCGGAACGAAGGGAAACCGCCGUAUUCGUAUGCACAACUGAUUGUUCAAGCGAUUGCUUCAGUACCGGAGAGACAAAUGACGCUGAGCGGGAUCUACUCGUUUAUUACCCAACACUAUCCUUACUACCGCACAGCUGAUAAGGGUUGGCAGAAUUCCAUACGGCAUAACCUCUCCUUGAAUCGGUACUUUGUAAAAGUGCCGAGGAGCCAAGAGGAACCGGGCAAAGGUUCGUUCUGGCGCGUGGACGCGGCGUCGGAAGCGAAGCUGAUAGAACAAGCGUACCGGAAACGACGGCAACGGAUGUUGCCGCCAGGCAACUACUUGAGUUCGAAAGACAAGUCCGGUGGCGCCGGCUGCUCGACUCUGUCCUCGGUGUUCUCGUCGUCGCGUUCGGCGCCGGCCUCGCCGACCCAAGGCGGCAUCAGUGGCCUAACCACGCCCAACUGCUUGUCCAGGGAGCCGUCCCCUGGCCCGAUUCACCACGCAUUCCCGUGCACCGCAGUUACCCCUGUUAUGUCUCCUAGGCGCAUUGAACUAAAUGAUGAGAGUCCUGUGGACAGAACAAAGCCAACACAGGGCAUUACUUUGCAGUACAAUGCUUUGAAUGCGGGACAUGGGCACCAAGCGUAUGUCUAUUUGGGAAGCACAACGACGUCAGGAGGGCAGGAUAUUUUGAACCCUGGUUUCCGACUGGUGCCGGUAGUGGAAGGUGUGAAAAGAGAAGCAGACAGCAGCCCGACGGUGCAACCAAAACGUAUCAAAUUCAUAAUCGACGCAGGAGGUAGUCGGCCCUCUGUGUCCUCACCGCCGUCGCCGUGUCACAAUUGACGUCCCUUCACCCCCUGGCCCUCACGCAAGAAAAAACUCCGUUCGUGUUGGAAAAGAAACAAAAACUUCUGUCUUUUUUUGUUUUUUUAACGGGCAUUGAGCGUGCCAUUGAUUCGGAUUUAUUUUUCCUUCCCCAAACCUGCCGGUUACCCAACAAUCCCUGGCGAGCAAGUACGAGGCUAUUUUGCGGAGAUCGACUGUUUCUUUUUAGUUGUUUUUGUCUUUGCGUGGACAUCCUUGCCCGUGUGGCAAUUUUUUUUUUCUCUUGGCUUGUGAUGUCGAAUCAUUUUUUUUUUUGCGAGGGGGUUUCUCGAAAUUCUUGCGGGUAAUCAAUCGGUUUCCAUCGCAAAAUAGGGAAAUGUGGUUGUGAGACAUAAAUUUCAUCCUGUUACAUGAACAAGAUUCUGAUGGAUUACAGUGAAAAUUUUUCGAAGGACCUCCAGUUUUGAAUUAACAGGAAAAACUGGAUAUUGCAAAUUCAAGUGCUGCACUUUUUUUAUAGUGAUCCGCCGGGAGUUUUCGUCCGAAUUCAAUUGCUCAAGGGGGUUCUUCGUCAUUUUCUCAGUGAAAAGGUUUAAAUGUGGGUGAACUCUUCAUAAGACAAAGCACUGGCGCAAUAAUUAACAUCCGAAAUUUUUGAAACAUGUGUGGCUGCUGUCAUUAAGUUUAAGGCUUUUUUUCUCAAGCAUUCAAAACAAAAUUUUGGGUUUUGGUAAUUGACAGACUUCCUGUGGAGUUUUGUUUUUUCAAAUGCAAACGCGCUUGACAGGAAUUUUCAAACUCAUUUUUUUCUAAUUUGUAUAAGUUUCUGGAAAGGGGAAGCAAUCUUUCAUUCAAUGGCAAUGACGGUUGGUAAGAUAUUCGCGAGAUUUUUUUGAGAAACCCCUUCGUAUUUCUACGUUUGUUAAUUGACGGAUAUAGUAUUGGGUGUUUGGCUGCAAUUCCGCCAAAAAUGAUCCGCUACCAGUCCCCUGAGAAAGAAAAAGAUUACCCUCCCCUCGCAGUGCAACAUUUCGAACGAGUUUUCUUUUUAUUCGUGGAAAAAAACUGGGAAGUAAAGGGAGCUAGUCGGGAAUGCUAAUUUUUUUUUGUUCAUGAUUAUGCUAGGGAUUUUUGAAAUUCUGUUUUCUUCUGGCGUUUCCUGUUGAAAUUCAUUCGGGUCAGUCGGAUCUCUCUUUUAUUUUUUUUCGAAAGAGGCAUUUGUUCGUUUCAGCAAACGCAGCCCGGAAUUCAGCUGCUGGUUGGAACUGCUUUUUUCAUUGUUUGUUUCUCUUUGGAACGAGACGAGUGGAUUUAAUCGAAUGUUGAAUCAAUGUUCGAAGUAACGUAAUUUUAUAAGACUUGAGAGUUUUUUUUUUUUCGCAAAAUCAAGAUGUGUUUUGGAAUCAACGGGGUUUCGAAUAUGCUUGCCAAAUCGUUUUUAAUUAGGAUGGUCAAGACUUGUGCACAAAUUUAUUAUAUGAUAAGUCUCUCUGUAGUUCAUCGAAAAUUGCUUCAUUACUGAGAUUGAAAAUUCAAGUACAGUAUUUUUUUUUAAUUACAUGCAGAACUGUAAACUGAAAGUGCAUGUGUGAGAAAGCAUAGGACACUUCAUUUCUGUGAAAGUCCGAGGUUGAUUUCACUUCGAAGAACAUUAAAUUCAGCCACGUUGAAAAAUAUGUUGACAUUUAGUAAGAGGUCCACUUUGUGCAAUAAAGUUUAGGCGUAUAGUAAUUGAGAUUGUAUGUUAAAUCUUUUCGUUUUUGAGAGGCUUGGAAAUUUAGGGAUGUCUUGGAAUCAGUGGUGUGAUGAGUUCAAACGGUAUUCACGUGGUUCAUUUGCCGAAAUUUUCAGUUCGUUGCGUAAGAUUUGGAAUCCCGUCACCAGAUUUUAUUUUGUUCUUGCAUGCGUGUGUUCUUGGCGAGAAAAAGAAAAAAAAUCGAAGAUCGUUCAGGACCUUCGCUUUCGUGAGGUACCUCUGUUGAAGUACGGUAAAGUACUGUAUACUCUUGAUAUUCGGUCGGGUUUGAUUGUUAUCAAUGUCAAGAACGUUGCAAAAAAGUAAAAAGGUUCGACUGACCCGGAUGAUCAAGUGGCGAUUGCGUGGUCGGUUUUAUUGUGAUUCCGGAGUUGACCGGUCCGCCGCGAAUUGUUUUUUUUUUUUAUUUGGCUAAGUUUUGUCGCUUUGGCCAGUGAAUCAUCUCCUCGGUUGAGCUUAUCUGCGUAGUCUGGUUUCCCGUUCGUCGGUUUUGGCCAGAAAAUCAUUUUUUUGUCAGCUAGCUGGAAAGUAGUUGCAAAAUCGCUCAGGAACUGUUUGUUUUUGCCGGAUUAAAACGAAAAACGAUUGAAGAGAAA